AUGGUGGGCUUAGGCGAAGCCAAAGUUCCAGAAGUUGAUCAGCAAGGUGUGGUUGAUGUCAGUAAAGCCACCCUCGAAAAACUAGAACAAAUGAAGAUCAAUAUGCCCACUGGACAAUGGGUCUAUAUUGAAAAUGAUCUUCAAGGUAUUUACACCUUACAAAACAAAUCCAGUGAUGGAAACGUCCUAUAUUUGCGUUUGAAUUGUAAGAUUCCUUCGCAGAAGUCUGGUUUUGCGAUUGAAGAUAAAGAUGGUAAAGAGCUGCUUAAAGCACAUGAUGCGCAAACCGUGCAAUCCCUACAAGCUGAAGGGACUCUUCCAUCUGACUGGAAAAACACGAGUGUUUUAACGCGAACUAAAGACCGAAGCCACGGUGAUUUCGCAUCAAACAUUGCCAUGAUGGGCGCUAAAGUUGCUGGUAUGAAACCACGUGAUCUUGCAGAGAAAAUUUUGGCAAAUUUACCCGAAGUGGUCGAUAUUGCAAAAGCUGAAAUUGCGGGUCCUGGUUUUAUCAACUUCUUUUUAAAUGCCGAUCAGCGCUUUACUGUGUUGGAUCAAAUCCAAGCACAAAAAGAACAAUUUGGUAAAACCCAAGCAAAUGCAGCCAAGAAAAUUCAGGUUGAAUUCGUUUCUGCAAACCCAACCUCUAGCCUGCAUGUAGGUCAUGGUCGUGGUGCCGCAUAUGAAGAUGUGCAAUAUGCUGAAGAGCUUGAUGCCGAUGGCAAUAAAGUGGUUGUUUCAGGCGAUAAAGAAAAGCACAUUGAUGGCUUAAUUCACAACUCACAAGCUUUAGUGGGUGAAGGUUAUCGUGUAUUCCAUCAAGCAGCUUUACAUGCCAUUUUAGAUGACAUUAAAGAUGACCUUGGGAUGCUUGUCGUCAUUUUAAUCGUGUUAAGUUUUGGUGUCGCACUGAUGCUCUGGAAACCGUGGGCACCCGUCCAACCCAAAAAUGAAAUCACGUUACCCCUAUUCCUGAACAAGCUGUUCCUGAAAGCAGAAAUCAACAACAACCUGUAA